UAAGAUCCCAGCUGUUGUCCUCCCCCUUCUCCUUAUCAGGAUAUUACUACGACAAACUGAGGAAUACGCUCACCACACUUCCACCAAAGCACAAAUUCAAAGAAGCCUUCCCACGCGAUUACAAGCCAGCAAGAUGUCUGCUUCCGAAACCACUACCCCUGCUGCUGUUGCAGCUCCGUCAACAGCGACGGCUGAGACUCCAGCUUCAUCUAUCCCUCCAAAGCCUGUCACUCCAGCGGAGAAUUUCACAGAGCCACCUGCAAGGGCUCUUGACGCCAUCGCAGAACCGACCAUUCUGGACAAGGCAAAAGAUAUAGCCAAGCCUUACCUUGACAAGGCUGAGCCAUACGUACAAAAAGUACAAGGUGCAACCAAGCCUUACGCUGAUAAGGCGGCUACUAAAUUUGAGCAACUUGUUGACAAGAUCGAAGGGAAUGACCCUUCCACGAGCGCUGUACCCACAUCGGCAGGAACCCUCGACGAGUCUAUUGACAACGCGAAGGCCAGAACUGUUGGGACGACAGAGCGUGCUGCUACUGUGGCUGAGGAAACUGGCGAAAAGGCGAAGGGUUUCUUCGAACAAGGAUUAAGCGCUGUGCAGAGUACCUUUAAUCAAAUCACCAAUACCAUUGAACAGAGGACAACCACUGACAGCCAUCCCGGUAUCCUUACUCAAAUGAGUAACGUCGUGCACAAGGGCCUUGAUAAAGUUGAAGGAUUUUUGAAUGAGGCUACUGACGCGACCGUGCCUCCAACGAGCACUUCUGCCACUGCCAACGCAGCUACAGGCACAGACAACAGUACAAGCACCACUCAACCGGUCCAGACCACUACCAACACUGUACCGCACAUCCCUCUUGGUCCAUAGAUUGUUGUCGUCUUGUUUCUGUGGCUGCAUUUUACGGCUACUGCUGUCACUUCCCGGAUGCUCUCACUCGGCUGAGGAGCCUGAAAUGUCCAGUCAGCUUCUGGGACGCGUAUUUUGUUGUUUAGCUAUCUUUUUCUAACGUAGUGGGCAGAUGUGACGAUAUGUUAUCCAUGUAUAUCCAUUCGCAUCUGGUGAACAGUG